AUGUAUCGAGACGCUGUGAUAAGUCAUCCAGGAAAUGGAGGGUUGACAUAUGACCGGGAUAGGGCGUAUGCAGUGGUCAUUGAAGGCCCAGAGGAUGAGGAAACGGUGUCCGUGAGGCAUGGAGGAAGAGGAGACAGCGACUGGGCCCCCAAGUAUCCUCCGAGAGAAGUGGAGGGAACUGAAGAUAUCCUGAGGUAUAAGGUUACUCGGAAGGAUGCGAGGGUGGGGAAGGGUGUGUUCAAGGUGAUGAGAACAAUGGCGAGCCCAGAUGAGGACAGAAAGGUUGUAAGGGUGUUCAGGGCAUGGAAGACUGUCUGGGAGAAUGCGCCGCUGGGUGGUGUGAGGUAUGAAGGAUUGUACCGUGUCACAAAUUACUCAAUACGACUUUCGCCACCCAACGAAUGGACUUACAUAUUUACCCUCGCACGCGAAGAGGCGCAGGCACCUCUAAGCACUAUCACGCACAUACCGACGCCGGAGCAGAUGGACGACUGGGAGGACUACCAGGCAAUGGGACGACAACCGUUGAAAACUCCGCAAUAUGAAGUCGCAAGGAUACACACAGGCAUGGGAGGCCUCAAAUUCGUCGACGAGAAAGACGCGAACGAAAGGGACAGUGGAUACUUCAGUCUCAGGAAUGGGUGA